AUGUACGCAGAUAUCGAGGCACUAGUACUCUCUGGAGAACUCUUCAACGGCAAAUCUAGGUCGUCGUCUCCUACACGAUCUGAUUCGUCCUCUUCAGAUCAAGGAUGGCACGAUGAGCACCUGGACGAGAAGUUAUCCCAAUCUCCUGCCCCCCAGUCUCAACCACAACAAGAGUCCAUCGGGAUGGGCCCAGGACGAACCGGUGUCAAGGGUGUGAUACGCGAUCGAGAUGAAGCUCGGGAAAUGGAAAGAGAGAGGAGAGGAAGAGAGAUGGAGGAGAUGAGGAAGAAGAUGGAAAAGAGUAGUCUUGGUGGGAAGACAUUUCUUGAGGAGGAAAGAGAAAAGGGCCUUGAUGAGAAGGUGGAUCCACUUGUCGAAAAGGAACGGGAACGAGUGCAGCAGAAGGUAAGGGGAAGCCGAGAAGAUGUCUUUGGAAGAGCCAAAGAAGGAAAAUUCGGACACUUGAGAGAGGUGGGAAGACACAACUUCGUUGCUGCUGUGGAAAAGGAGGCGAGAGGGGUCUGGGUGGUCUUACACCUGUAUGACGGAUCCCUUGACCGAUGUUAUGCUCUCGAUGACACUCUCACCCGGCUUGCACCUCUCUAUCCCGAUACCAAAUUCCUCAGAUCUCGUGCCUCUGCACUUGGAUUCGCACGUCUACAUUCCACAUCACAGCCUCAACUACCAAAGACGACAUCACGCCCUCCGCGUUCUAGACACGGCGGCGACGACGGCGAUGAUCCUUACGGAGAUCUAGAUGAGCUUGAAGCGGACAAAGAUUCGGAGGAUUCGGAGGAGUAUGACGAAGAUAAUGUUGACCUGGACAUGCUACCAACGAUGCUAGUGUAUAGGGACGGGGAAUUGGUGUUUAAUUGGGUACGUGUCGAUUGGGAAGCUAAGGCUGGAGUAGAAGACUUGUUGAGCAAACACCAUGUUAUUCCACAAACAGAUCACACUGUGGAGUUUGGCGGUUUUGGAAUACCGAGCGACGACGAGUUUGAAGAAACUUUACUUUGGGAUUCUGAUUGA